UGAUUCCUGAGCUAUUGGAGUGCUGGUUUGUAUCUGCAGUGUGUGUCAGUACUGAGCUGCGCACAUCGCGUUUCACAGUGUGCUGCAUGCAGAACGCAUUCACUCCCUGAAGGGAUCGGCUGGGGUUUCAUAUUUCAUCUCCCUUGUAUGCUACACCCGGAUUCCAGUCGCUUUCUGGCUUCAGUGCUGGAUGUACCCGGAGCACAGGUCCUUCCUCAUAUCUAGCAGUGAGAGACAAUUCAAGGGAGGAGAUCAUGAAGACAUCAAUUUUAUUUUUGCUUUGCCUCUUGGCUUUCCCAGGCUUUUCCCAGGGCAGGGUUGUCAGAGUGGAUGAACCUGGCUUUGCUGAAUGCAAUGGAUUCUUUUACAGAGAAACCCCCCCAGAAGGAUUUACCGAGCCUUUCCAUGUGAAAAUCUGUCAGCGGUACAAUAAAGAGCCUCGCUUUGCAACGCUCUACAGCACGGAAGACAAAACCCCUCUCUAUUCUGCUUUUAAAUACACAAAACCAGCCCAAAGUAGAGAAGAGAGCUGGUUGGUGGAACCACAGAUAGAUGAUGCUGAAAGUGACUUGGAUGAAAUGAAGCAUGAAGCUGAUAUUGGUGGCUCAGUGAACAACCUUGGAGCAAACCAAGCCCUGGCCUCAGACUAUGCAGACUCUGGUUAUGAGAGAGGGCAGCUAAACCCCAGUUCCCUCAAUGAAGAUGAUUUCCAGAUAGCUACCUACACACUAACGAAUGCUGUCCCCAUGACCCCAUCUGCAAGCAAAAACUGGCAUAGGGAUGUCAAGAAUAUAAUAGAGCAAGCUUUGGCCCCACACUGUGAAAAUAAAGAUAGCCUGUAUCUUAUUGCAGGCUCUGUUCCUUCCAAAGUCAGAGUUAAAGACAAGAUUUCGGUCCCACAACUUCUCUGGCUGGCAGCAUGCUGCAGUGCUCCAGAGACGUGGUCGGUGGGGUUAGUGAAACAAAUGAAUGAUGAAAGUCACAUGGAAGAGCUAGCCAUAGGAGAACUGGAGAAGCAGUUUCCAACAGAAGUUAAUUUGUUUAAGAGCAACUGUGGGGAAGGAAAGCAAAGCCAGGGGAAAAUAGAGGCCAUAUUGCAAACCAUAAACCAGCUCCAGUCCACAGAGCCAAUAUUGCCAGCUGUGACCACUUUUGGCUACUCAGCCAGCACACCUGGUCCAGACCAGACAGCUGAAGAGGAGCAGGGAGAAGGAAGCCUGCUAAAAAGAGUUGCUGGCCUCAUUGCUCUCCCUUUCACCAAGCUUUUGAGAAUUGUUUUCUCCAUUGUUAGGGAGGUGGUGAGAUACACUUUUUAUUUUCUGUGGUAUGUUGUCAAGCAGUUCAGCAACAUCAUAGUGGGAGGAUUCUCCAGCCUAUGGAACGGAGCGAUGUCCUACAUCAAAGAAAUCAGUCUGGUGCUGCUGAAUAUUCCCAGAGAUAUGGGUCAGGUUGCAGCCAAUAUCAUCAAGGGCUUUGCUCAGAUAGUCUAUCACGUAGUGAGCCUCACCUGCAGAAUUCUGAGCAUCCCUGUUAGGCUUUUCUUCCAUAUUGCUUCUUUUCCCUAUUAUACACUUGGUGCCAUUCCUGUUGUCAUCAAAGACAUCGCUGUUGGAAUUGGCAGCACUUUCUCGUUGAUCAUUGAUGCCACAGCUGCCCUCUUGAGUGGUUCUACUUCUCUGGCUACUCACAUAGUCAAAAGGAUUAUCCCUAAAGUCUCUUCUGAUGACUGAUAGGUAGAGAAACCAGAACUGUGAAGAUGCACGAUGAAAGAAGAGUUGGGCAAUGCUUUACCAUAUGUGGCCAAAUGCUGUCAAUUCUUUUUGGGUAUUUAUUGUAGUGACAUUAAUAAUAAGGAACCAAAUGGGUGUAAUGGGGGUGGGGCUGGCCAUGUAACUCCAAAAGGGGAUGCCAUGGCACAUUAAGUACCACUUAUUGUAAAGUGUUCAGGUUUUUGACUGGGGUGACAAAUCCAGUGACUGCCAUGAGACACACUCUGAAUGUGGUACCAAGAUAUUUCAUCACUACUAAGAUAAAAAAAUGCUGAUGGCUGUUUACUGGCAGUGAUGCCAGGACUCAGCAGAACCACGUGCCUGGUGGUGAGGGGAGAUAAGGGAAACAUUACAUUUGCAAAGGCCUUUCUAAAAACAGGAGGAGGGAAGGAGGCUAUGUUGUUAAUAACCUUACAUGUAGGUUAUUGACUCAGGAAGAAAAACCAUGGGACUGAAUUCUGCCUUAGUUGCAUCGUUGGUUUCAUUGGGGUAAUAAGGCAGAAUUUGCUCCAGCAAGUUUAGCUUGUUGCUCUCAAUCUGUACCUUUUUAUGAAUACUGAGAUGGUAUGUACCUCCAAGUAUGCCUAUACAGAGCAAUGCCAUGCCUGCAGAGAUACCCCAGCUAGCUCAGCAUGAGCUUACUCAGGUACUGGCAGCAGUUAUGGCCAUGUUAGCAUGGCUCUCUGCCUGGGCUAAUAGAAUUUACAUCUUGGCUGGGCUAAAUAGUCUGAGCAGAGCUCUGCACUAAUGUCACUAUACUGCUUCUAGUACCCCAGUUAGCAUGUUCUGCGUCAGCUCAGGUAUCUCUACACAACACUGUAAUGCUGUGUAGACAAACCCUCAAUGAAAGAAAAUCAGAGUUGCCAGUUCCUCUGCUUGGUGAAAGCAUAAUUACCACUCCCUUCUAACUGCACUUUUUGCUCACCACUGCAACCAAACAAGACUUUAUUUAGUAGAGGCAUGAUCCAAAGCCUAGUGAAGUGAAUCAGAGUCUUUGGAUCACACCCUCUAGCACAGUCAAAGCCUGUAAUUGCCUCUAAUUAGAGUUGAAAGUCUUCACAAUACAUACCACAGUGCUGGCUCCUCUGAAAAUUUCUGGAAGAUGGGAUAGAUUUUGGAGAUGGGAAAGAUUUUGCUACCCUAAUUAAUACUGAGCAAUACCUCACUUUGCUGGGAUCCCCACUGUUUACAGUGAGGCUGCCUGCAGAAUAAGGUAUGAACAGCCUGAGCAAGGGUGGGAGAAUCUGGCUCUAAGAAAGUUUGAUGCCACCUACCAAGACUGUCUCUCUCUCUUGUGUUACAUCCAUAUGGAAGUACCCCUUAUCUGAGGAGCCCGGCCCAUAUGUGGGCUCUUGAGGUUGGUGGGGAAAGUUACUUCAGUCAAGCUGGAAAUGCUGUACAACAUCGCUCCAGCAGAUUUUGGGAAUUGGCAGCUUACACCAAGUUAGCAAGGCUGAUGCAGACAGUGCUGCCAAACCCACAGGUACAAAAGGCCCAGGGCUGAGGAGGCCCCUGCAGGGACAGGAGCUGCAAGGCAGUCCACCUGAUACAAUCAUGCUUGUAUGAUUGUAAUUGCCACAACAGUACAUGAUGUGGUGCAUUACUUGUUUGAUGCCAAGAGAACUCUGCGGUCAAGCCCCUGGGGAUCUGGAUGUCUCAUUAUCACAGCUCUGGCCUCCCCUCCUCCUGUCUACAGGAAAUAGCUAUUUGCUUUGCUUUUAUCCUACUCCCCCAUGUUUAGCCAUUUGCUUUGCUUCUAUCCUACUCCUCCCAGAGACACAGUCCCUGAUCUCCCUGGCCUCACUAGAAAUGCCCUGGCAUGGCACAGAAGUUCAUCAUAGGAAGGUCACUUACUGAAUCAGGGAAAUGACAAAGUCUUUAAGGGGGUGUCACAGAUUAGUUCAACCCAGACCUCUGCUGAAGGCUGCCAGGCUCUAAAAUACACAGGAAAAAUAAAAGAAAGACAAACAAAAAUACGGAGACGGGGCACUGCCUGCCCACUAAACUGGAGGUCCUUUCAGCUCAGACUUCCCCUCCCUUUGGCCAGGUGCUGGGGGAAAGAACUCUGAUUUCCCUUGUGAGGCACCCGUGGUGCCUGCAUCGGCCUUUUCUUCUGCUGAUUCUUUCUCCAAGCUUACCGGUGCCUUGGGCAGUUGCAUGAGAGCCUGGCACUGACCCAGGCCUUAGGUUCUAGCAAUGGGAUAAAGAAACUGACUGGUUCAAAUCCAGCCCAGCUUACUAGGGACUGAAAGUUGUCAGCUGUGUUUGGUCUCUGUGGAACGUAUCACAAUCUCUCAGGCCGACUCUCAGGGAGCACGUGUUCUCAUCAGAUAACGCUGUAGACAAGCUCAGCAGCAGAGAGGCCAUGGGAUGAACUGGGCUUGGAGAACAAUGCAUCCUCAUUCCUCUAGAGGCGGUCUGUCCCAGACAGGGUACUAGCUUGGUGGAGCAAUAAGGCAGUUCAUCUGAUUCGGUGGUGACCAACCUUUUUGAUAAGCAUGCCACAAGUUAAGUCCAAAGCAUGAGACAGUGUCUCUCUAAUAAUAAACCAAAUGGAAUUAAUUAAGUGAUUAAAAUGAAACACCAACACACACACACACACACACACAUACACACACAUAUAUAUAUAUAUAACAGUGUUUCACUUUAAUUAUGGAAAAAUGUGGAUUUGGGGUGUGUUUUUUUAAACUGAAAAUUGGGGAUUUUUUUUAAUCAGAGAAAACCAGGAUCCCUGAUAAUCAGCCACCACCAUUGCCCAGGGCUGCUGAAUCUUGUUGCCACCAGGAUGUGACAGCUAUUCGGCCAUGCCUGCCACUGCAGCUCUCAUGGGGCCAAAGCCUCAAGCCAGCACUGAUCCACCUCCCAUGUUAAUCCCUACCCCUGUCUGAGUGCUGCCCUGGUUCCCAAUGCUAGCUUCCUCUAACUUGGCACCCAGGGCUUGCCUGCCAAACAUACCAGCAUGCUGCAGGCUGACCACCAUUGACAUGGUUGAUGGAGAAAUAGAGGACUCUCAUUUGUCUGUCUAGCGAGCAGCACUGAAUACAAUGCUCUCUUUAAAGACAUAGAAGGUCAAGACUUUAGUUUAUACAUUAAUCAAAAGAAUAUGGUUCUUAUCAAAUUAUUUCAAUGAUCCUUUUAAUAUUAUUCUUCUACAUGGAAACUGUCAGUUUAUAUGGAUGAAAUGUAGCAAGUGUUAAGGACAUUAGUCUCAACAGAUGUACAUCUCCCCAUCUCCCAUUACUGAUUCUGCAAGCAUAACACUCACUAGAAGUUCUUUCAAACAAAAAGUUGAGCCCUUGUUUGGCUGUAAUGUAUUUUCCCCCUUUGUGUUUCCUCCUUCAAGGUACUUCUACAGUGUAGUCAGAUUGAACCACAUAUAUGUCUAUCCAAACUAGAUGUAAUCCAGGUGGCUCAGGUAAUGAAAGCAGUGAAGACAUGAUGAUAUGGGGGCUUCAGCUUGGGUAAACUCCCAGUAUAGCCAUGUACAUUCUGUGUGGAAGUCUAUGCUGCCAUGUCUUCCUGGUGAUUGUUACUCGAGCUUACUAGAUUAGGAUAGCAGGCUAGCUGCCUACCUGUGCUGUACUCACGACUCCUGAUGGCAGCACAGACCUACUCUUACAUUAAAUGGGGUUGCCUCCCCAGUGGAUAUGGCCUGGUACACAGCAAUAUUAUUAAAAUUAGUUUAACACCGCUAAACCCAGCCCCUAGUCCUACUGGCCAUCUUAUUAUUCUGCAUGUCCAAGCUGGCUAUAAUGGAUUUACCAAAAGCACUGAGCAAUUUUUGCAGAUUAGCAACAUUCCCCUGUAAACUAACUGUUGUUUAAUAUUAUCCUUGUCUGGGCAUGACUUAUGGAGCGUGACUUUACUUUAUUCCUAGAACUGUAUGGUUUUAACAAAAUAAAAGUGUCUUUUUUCAAAAGAAA